AUGUGCACAGAAGUACAUGAAGCCGUUGUUGCACUAUUACAAGAGUAUUUCAGAAUUCCAAAUGGUGGCAUUAUUAUUAAUCCACCAAUAGUCAUUAGGGGUCAAUCACUUCAUCCUUCACCAAAUGCAGAUGGACUUGGUAUUGCACCAGAUAUUGCAAUACGUCCGGAUGAGGCAUAUGUUCCAAGACCUCCCAAUACUGGACCCCUCAAUCUUGGACCUCCCCCAAGUGACACAAUGGGGAAUUCUCAUGCUAGAAUAAUAUGUGAGAUUGCAGUUAGUCAAACUUACUGUGGAUUGAAAAAUAAGUGUGCACUUUGGAUGAGUCAGAAGUAUGUGAGAUGUGUAUUAGGAAUAAAGCUUUAUGAUUUGAGAACUACACGAAAUACACAUGGACAAUUUAAUCGAUCAAUGAAGGCUAAAUUAUGGAGACAGGGAUUACCAACCAGAAAAUGGCAUUUUGGGACUGUGCAAAAAGGUAGUAGUCAACCUACUGGGUGUAAUGCUCCGGGUAAUCCAGCAUAUCAGAUCAACAUUCCAAUAAGUGAUGUAUUCUAUGACCCACCUAUUCCAGCUAUUGGAUACGUUCCACUGGUUUCUCAUCCUGCAAUUCUUGGUGGUAAUUUUAUCAUUGAUCUUUACGAAAUUCAGCAAAUAGUUUUGAAAGGUCAGCCAAGAUAA